AUGCCGUCGCCAAUGUCCUUUGCCAUCUCCCGGCAAGCUCCUCCGGUCAGACCGUCUCGGUCUCUCGAGGGUAUGGAGCGGGUCGUUCCGCCCGAAUCGCCUGCUCGUCCUUCACUCAAGCUGGACAAGCCUCUUCCCGAUCUGCCCUCGAAACCAUUACCGGCGACGCCGUCGAUGGAAGCCUCGACGGCAUGGAGCGACGACAGCAGCCUCGCCGACAGCUUUGAGAGUCGACGCCCGUCCAAUGCAUCGACCGGGAGCUAUCCCGUCGUCGUUCGUUCCCCGUCCGACGAUCUGGCCGAGCUGGUCGAUCAUUCCUCGGCCGCCAAUCUAGAUCGCUCGUCGCCCGUCGAGCCCUUCGUGAAACCUCGCCCGGCACCUUUAACCUUCGCAGCCGUAUCCCAGGACCGAUAUCAGAGCUCCCAACCGUGGACUCCCAAUCGCUCCCGUCCCAAUCACUACUUCCGAGAAAAGAAGUGGGAUUUCUUCCCGGAGCUGGCCAUCCCGUCGGAGCUGCCGCCCAAGUCCCCCAAAUUCCCGUCCAAGCAAAGGAAGAAAGAUGCCAGUCGAUUGAAUUUGGGAACGUUCGACUUUUCAAAGAAAGGGAAUCGCUGGAAUAGCACCGAACGGAGCGGACUCACCCUGGCUCAUGACAUGCGGAAAUCGAUCCGAUCGUAUGUCCAACAAAGGAUCUCGAAGCACUCCGUCGACAAAGAAAAAGCAAAGCGAGCACGACCGGCUACAGCGCCCUCGGAAUACGUGCAGAAAUGUCAUCCGACUCCGCGAGUGCCAUCCAGCAACUACUCCGACGAUGAGAGCAUUGCGUUCCAGAACAACGACAUUGAUUCGACUGAGAAGCUGACUCGACUGUCCAUGUCCACCACCUCCAGCGCCGAAGAACGCGUGAAACCGUUGAAGCCGGUCGCUUUCCAGCGACGAAAACAGCUGGCUGUACCCAUGUCGCCAUAUCAGAAAUACGGUGCAGCCAUCUGGGAGAAGUCGGGUCGCGAAAAGCGAAUCAGCUACCGACAAAGUCAGAAUGUGCGAUUUCCGCGAUAUCAAAAGAGCCCCUCGUCUCCUAAACCAGAGGCUACGAAUACCACGCCACCAUUGUCGCCACCACCGCGCUCACCGGCUCAGCAAAUCCCGCGAGAUUACAUGAAAGCACUGCAAGGCGGGACGAGUCAAGUCCUAGUCGCAGCGAAGCAGAAGAUGACCGGCGCUCGUGUGGAUCGAAAACGCAUGGAGUUGAAGUCACAAAUCCGGUUAGUCGGACCGGUCAGCCCGCAGAAUUCAUACGAAAGGGAAGGGGUAGAUCCCUGGAUCUAA